CAAGCCCGAGCAGCCCACGCCGCACUGAACCCAGUGGCCGGGCGUCUGGGCCCGCCGCUCGCUCCACAGAGAGCCGAUCGCCGAGCCAUGGCCCUUGCCCGGGCCGCCUGCGCCGCCGCCGCGUGCCUGCUGGCCUCCGGGGGCCUCGCUGCCUGCUUCGCCGCCGCCCCCGCCGCCCGCGCCGCGGCGUGGCGCGGCGCGCCCCCCGCCGCGGCGGGCGCCGGCGCCGCCCCCGGCGGCGCCGGGGGCUUCGGCGCCUCGCGCGGCGCCGUGGCGGCAGGCCUGGCGGUGGGCGCGCACCUGGGGCUGGCGCUGGCGCUCUUCUCGCGGACGGCCUCGCGCGCGGAGGGCAAGUACGUGGAGAGCGCGGUGGACGCCAAGCUCUUUGAGCAGGUGUACCUGGACUACACCACGGAGUACCUGAAGGGUCCCAUGUACGCCCACAGGGAGAAGGCGCAGGGCGCGCGGCCCGACUACCCAGGCAACCCCCUCUACAAGAACGGCAAGAUGACGAGCAACGUGACAGGUAACCUGAAGACGUUCAGCUCGAACGAGCUCAUGUACCUCUCGAUGCUCUUCUUCGGGAUCGGACUGUACGGCAACCUGCAGUUCUUGUACUUCGACCCUCAGUUCCCGCGGGUCGACUCGGGCCUCAACUUCAACGUCUCCUACAUCGUGGAGUCGCUGUUCCUGCCGAUGUCGUUCUUCUUCCACAUCGCGUGCUACAUUCAGCGGAAGAACGGCAAGUGAGGUGCCAGCCGCGCACGCCACUGGGCGGAGCCUGCCUCCGCCGACCGCGGCGCGCCUUGCGCGGGGGGCCUCGGACUCGGGCGCAGGGAUUUCCUUGUUUUCCCACCGUCGCCUCGCGCGGAGUCCAGGGGCGAUUGCCCCUAGACGCUCCAGCACUCCUGGAUCCAGAUCCAGAUCCAAUCGCAGGAUUAUAACACUCUCGCCCUGGCCGUGGGGAGGGACGAGAGGGAACCCGAGGAGCGGGCGCCGGCCGCGGCUCCGCGCCAUGCUUUUUUAAGCCGCCCGCCGCUCUCCGCGCGGGGGCUCUGCGCGCGGCUGGGGCCCAGCCUGGCGCCCGUUGCGCAGAGCUUCGGCGGCGCGGCAGCUCCGAAAACGGGGGCUCCCUCUCG